AUGAAUCCUAGCUAUGUGUCAUCUCUCAGUUCAAGCAUCAAAAACUACAAAUAUGAGCCAAAUGAUGAGGAGGAACAAGACCGAAUGGAUAUGUGGCAUCACAUAUAUCUCCUUCUUCUAGGAGGAGAACUUUACCUCGCGCCAAUCAAGAAUCCUCAGCGUGUUCUAGACCUUGGUACGGGAACAGGGAUCUGGGCCAUUCAGUUCGCUGAUGAACACCCUUCAGCACAAGUGAUUGGUACUGAUUUGAGCCCUAUCCAACCAAAAUGGGUCCCAACUGUGUAUUUGAAGUUGAUGACUUUGAGACAGACUGGCUAUAUAAGUCCAAGUUUGACUUUAUCCAUGGCCGCCGAGAAUCUUCACUUUUUAGCAAAAAAUCUACGUAUUGCUGGGGAUAUAUUUGGAAAGAGCUUUGAGAAGGUGUUCUUUUGGAAAGAAAAGAUGGAAAAGGCGGGCUUUAUUAAUGUCAAGGAGACCGUUAAGAAGGUCCCAAUUGGUACAUGGCCAAAAGAUCCAAAGAUGAAGGAGAUCGGAAUGUUCCAUCUGGAAGCACAGUUCCAGGGAAUCGAAUCCUAUACCCCAGCCCUCUUCUCACGCGUCCUUGGCUGGAGUAAUACAGAAUUACAGGCAUUGUUGGCAAAGGCACGAAAUGAGCUCAAGGAUCGAUCUAUACACCUAUACGCCAAUAUCUACUUUGUCUACGGACAGAAGCCAUGA